AGUCGCGCCACGGAGAUUUUCAGCUCCUCGGAUCGUGGGGGGUUCUGCGGCGCCCUCCAGCGCACCCCGCCCGCCAUGCCGGCCGCAAUAUCGCGGCGGCUGGCCAACAGAGAGAACGCCGGCAUUGGCAAGGUAAAAGUAAUGCUCCGCAUAGCAGACAAUCCGGCCACUUGUGACGAGGGUACGACCUCUAGUUACUUGUCUGUGGACAAGAAGAAGCGUCAAGUGACGCUCUCUGACCCCAGCCAGGCGUCUCUGGCCACCCAUCAGGGUGGCUCUCAAGAGCGCGGCCCGAUGGUGGCGGCGCCCAAGAUGUUUGCCUUCGACGGGCUCUUCACUCCUGAAGACACUCAGUCUGACCUCUGCUCCGCGGCGCUCAGUGACGUGAUUCCCGCCGUGCUGGAUGGCUCAGAUGGAUGUCUGCUGGCGCUUGGCUAUCCGGGGGCAGGGCAAUCCAAGUCGAUGAUGGGAUCGAUAAGUGGUGCAGGAGAGCUGGGAGCCAUUCCGUGUGCCAUCUCCUGGCUCUAUCGUGGCAUCAAUGAGCGACGCCAGAAGUCUGGAGCGCGAUUCUCAGUCAGAGUGUCUGCAUUGGGCGUUAAUGCCACGAAACCUGGAUCGAGCUCGAGAGAUUUACUGGCAGCACAUGCCACAGAGUCCGACGAGUCGCCAGGUGUGUACUUGAGGGAUGAUUUUCUGGGCGGCCCCACUGAAUUGCGAGCGCCCACGGCCGAGAGAGCAGCCCUGUUCCUGGACACCGCGCUGGCGGGACGAGGACACAGCAGCGCCCUGGAACCCGCUCUGAUCUUCACUCUGCACGUGUACCAGUACAGUCUGGCCGGCAAAGGGGGUGUGGCGGGUGGCCGGAGUCGCUUGCACCUGAUUGACUUGGGGGGCUGUGCAAAUCGAGCCGGCGGAUUGCCUCUGUCGGGCAUUGGGAAUGUUUUGCUAGCGAUAUUGAGUGGUCAAAGGCAUCCGCCGAACAGGGACCACCCUCUUACGCCCCUUCUUAAAGACUGCCUCGCCCCAAUCACCUGCCACGUGGCAGUUCUUGCUCAUGUGACUCACGCGCAGACUCACUCAGAUGCAUUGACAACGAUUCAGUUAGCGUCCAGAAUCCAUCGAAUGAGAAGACGAAAGCAUCGAUUUCAGCUGUCAGGUGCCGACAAAGGCAUUGCUCUAGGUUCCAAUGCAGCAGGACAUCAGUCUGGCGGAUCGUCAGAGGGUCCGGACCCUUCUAGUUCUGACCUAUCCGCCGACACAGUGAUCUACAUGGGUCCCUGUGAUGACCAAACGGACGGAGAACACCCACCAGUUUACCUUCCCAGUCUUAGCUCAGGAGACAACAGGUGCGCCAUGCAGAAGGUCCUGAAAGGCACAACUGCUGAGAAGCCCAACAAAUCUCCGGCCAAGAAAGUCAUUCCCAAGCCAGAGUAUCAAGCGACUGCACCUAUUGUCCAGAGCACUCUAGCUGUUGCCCAGAGAACCGAUAGUCUGAAGAGAGUCUACGAUCCGGGUUAUCAGAACACAACGAUGAGUCCGGUUAAGCAGAAGAUCCCAACGAGUCCUUACAAGUAUCCAAUGAGUCUCAACAAGGCAUCGAACGUUCCCACACCCAAGGGUUCUCCUCUGCGGCGACCCAACAUGGUGAAUUCUCCCCACGAAAGUCCUAUUAGGAAGGUGACUGAGGAGAAGUGGAUCGACGGACCGAGAGUGUCGAGGUCCAAAGUGGCCGAAGCUAGGCACUUGAUGCGUGAAAUAAACCACGUGAAACAGUGCGAAACGUGGGUCGACGGUCCCAAAACUGCCACGCAGAGUGCGUCAAAGACGCUAGUUGCGGGGUGUCUUCCUGGUGCGCUCAAUCCUAACGGCGCCUAUGGAUUCAUGGACAGCCACAAGAAGUCCAUGAUCAGGCAAUGGGUGGAGAACCAAACGUCUCAAAUGCUCAACAGCGGCCAUCAGUGCGUAUCUUCGCCAUCGUCUCCUCACCAUCAGAGGGCAACAUAUCACAUGACCCAGUUUAAGUGCAGCCGAUCGGAAGACGACCAGCGAUCAGCUCACGAAAGUGGUGCCAAAAGAGAGGAGGAGAAUCACUCAGAACACACCGCGAACACUUGUCCUCAGCCCACGACUGCCAAUGAGAACCAGGAGGAGGAGGAUCAGGACAGCGGUCCGUCAGAGGUUCCUCCAGCUCUGCCCUUGAUCGACAGACUGGGCUCCAGGGAGAUUUCGCACGAGAGCCUGCACCUGGGAUCGUCGUGCUCGCGGCACAUCUCGAGGGAGAAUCUGCCAGGAGUGCAGAUGAUGGACUGUGGACUACAGGUCACCGAGGAGGAGAUCGCAAAGACCAUGGGCAGCGGCAUUGGCACGGAUCAUCCUCUGAGCGCUCUCAGUCAUGGCGACAUGUCUAUCGUGUCCAGUUUUCACGUUGGAGAUACUUUCAGCGAUUGUGUCAUUGGUGAUAACUCUAGGCACCAGUUUGAUCAACUGGCCCGUCUUCGGGAGAUCUUCACGUCUCAAUUGGCCAUGGCCGAGGUCACUCCAGUGUUCAGGGUGGGCGGAGAUGCGGGAAGUGUCUACAGCGAACCUGCUUAUCGCUUCAACGGCGGCACCGGGAGUGUUUGCAGCGAACCCGUGUGUAGAGCUCCUUCUCCGCGCUGCCGCGACUGCCGUCAAUCUAUCACUCUCUCGCGAUCUCCUAGUCAAACCUCUCUGCCCAGUUUGAACGGCAUUGUGGCAAUAGCGGGAAUGGAGCAGUACGCUUCGCUGCGACAUCCGGAUGGAGCGUCAGAUCCGAACUUGCAGAAGAUCGCUCAGCUAGAUCAGGAGGAUAGCAAACCGGCGUCCUCGCCUGUCCCAGAAGAAGACUGUGGCAAGAUGCUAGCUGACACUCCCUUGCUUUCUCAAACACAGCUUCCUCAGCUUCCGCCACUGCCACUAUCCACUUCCGAGGCGUACGAUAGUGGCCACGAUUCGACACCGAGAACGUCCAAGCACUCGGGAAUAUCAAGGCGCGCCGAGAGCGGCUAUCACAGCGUCGCCACUGUGCGCGACUCUGACGAGUCAAGCUUCAGUUCGGCGGCGGGAUCGAAGGUGCAGCCGCGUGAGCCGCAGAAGAUCCACGCGAAGAAGUCCAAGCGCAACGACAAGUCCUUGUGUCACUGGCUCAGGAGUCCCUUCAACUGCACCUAUCCCGACACCGAGGGCGAGGUCAGUGACUUCUGAGCGCGACCUGAUGGACUCUCAAUUUGCACAAUAGUGAGAUAAUUUAGCGUGAAAUAAAAUGAAUGGUGACAAUGCACAGGCAGUAAAUCAAUGAGCCAAUAAUUUGCCGCAUUUUGCCAAUUUAAUCGUGAAAUGUUUUGCGUUACCAUAUGCACAUUUUAACUGAAAAAAAGAAAUUGUUGUUGUGACAUUAAAUUUUACGAGAAUUUAAUUCGUUAUUGUUAGUGCACGCGAGAAAUUUGUUAAUUUUGACGUAAAAUAUCCCUAAAAUUACAUGGCACACAUUUUUCAUCACCCAUCUCUCCUUCGGACUCUCAAUAUUCAUGAAAUAUUUGCUCCUAUUUUAACCCCCCCUCCCCACCCCCAAAUAAUUUCCGAGAGAUGGAACAAUAUGGAGAAUUUGGCAAAUAUUUUUUUAAACAAUCGCAUUGUGAAUUCCUGGCUGCGCACCGCUUAAUUAUUGAAUGCCGAUCGCCUCAUUCCUCUUGCCCUCUGCGUAUGAUUUCAUAAAAACAAUUCAACUAUAGUGAAUUUAUUGAGGACAGACAAAAAAGCCCAAAUGAAAAUUAGUAGAUGAAAAUAAUGUCCCUAGUGGAAUAAUGAUUGCAUUUUUGCAUAAUUAGAGAGGAAAGUUUGCAACUAAUAUAUCUCUAUUUGGUAUGAUAUUUAAACAAUGAGGUAAAAUGAUGAAUUUAUAAAAGUGGCAUAUAAAUUAUACAAUCAUUAUAUACACCUUUAAUUGUAUUUGCUGUAUAACUUUACAAGAAACCAAGAAAGGAAUCGACAAUGGGAAGAAAUAAAAAAAAUUUUAUAAAAGA